AUGGCUUCCGGCUACGAUCGUGCGCUUUCAGGUAAUCCGUCCGCUUCCUUCCCCCCUGCUUCAACUGACCGAUACAGUCCGGACGGCCACGUGUUUCAGGUCGAAUAUGCUCUGGAGGCAGUCAAGCGAGGAACAUGCGCAGUGGGCGUCAAGGGCAAGGACAUUGUGGUGCUGGGAUGCGAGAAGAGAUCAGCGAUGAAGCUUCAAGAUACCAGAAUCACGCCUUCGAAGAUCGGCCUCGUCGAUACCCACGUCUGUCUGGCUUUCGCCGGUCUCAAUGCCGACGCCCGGAUAUUGAUCGACAAGGCACGACUAGAGGCUCAAUCCCACAGACUGACGGUCGAGGAUCCCGUCACGAUCGAGUACAUCACAAAGUACGUGGCGGGCGUGCAGCAAAGAUACACCCAGAGCGGCGGUGUUAGACCUUUCGGGAUCAGCACGUUGAUCAUCGGCUUCGACAAGGGUAGCAAAGAACCCAAACUGUACCAGACCGAGCCUUCUGGCAUUUACUCUGCUUGGAAAGCAAAUGCCAUCGGACGAUCGAGCAAGACGGUACGAGAGUUCCUCGAACGAAAUCACAAGGACGACAUGGACCGGGAAGCUACCAUUUCGUUGACGGUCAAGUCUCUACUUGAAGUUGUCCAGACCGGCGCAAAGAACAUCGAAAUUGCCAUCAUGGCUCCUGGAAAGACCAUUGAGAUGUUGCCCUCGGAGCAGAUUGAACAAUACGUCAAGACGAUCGAGGCUGAAAAGCAGGAAGAGCAGGCAAAGAAGAAGCCAGGAGGAAGAGCGGCAGCUUCAGGUCCUGGCACUUCGACUCUACCUACAAGGCCCGUCGGCGAGGGCGAAGGCUCAGGGGACACCUGA